UUUAUAACCAAAAGAAACUACUACUUAGCUAUGUACUUUUAUAUAACAACUCCACCAUGAUGAUCAUUAUGUCCUUCCUUUGAUAUAUAAAUACUCAUUCAACAAAAAACAUCUUCACAAUUAAAACUUUCUUUCUUAGUUAAUCAUCAAUUUGAUUAAUCUCUUCCAUUAAUUACAACAAAACCAACCUAGAAAAGAAAUGGCUAAGAGUGGAGAUCAGCACCAACAAUACUCGAGUAUGGAGGUAGAAGGAGAGAGCAGUGGGACCCGCGAUGCAAAGGGGAAAACUCCAAUCAUGGAAGCUCCAUUGAUCGGAAAAAGUGGGACCCAUUUAGGUAACGGUGAUGGUGGUGCUGGGGUGAAAAGAGGGGUUGGGAUAAUAGACUUUGUAGUAAGAUUAUUGGCUUUAGCAGCUGCUCUUGCUGCUACAAUUGCAAUGGGUACUACUGAUCAAACUCUCCCUUUUUUCACCCAAUUUUUCCAAUUUCGUGCUCGUUAUUAUGAUCUCCCUUCCUUCACGUAUUUUGUGAUAGCAAAUGCAAUAAUUGCAGCAUAUCUUGUGCUCUCAAUGCCUUUCUCCAUUGUCACAAUUGUUAGGCCACUUGCCAAGGCACCAAGGCUUAUUCUAAUUAUCUUUGACACUAUUGCACUGACCUUGACAGUGUCAGCUGCGGGGGCUGCAGCAGCUAUAGUGUACCUGGCUCACAAAGGCAACACAAACACAAACUGGAUUGCAAUAUGCCAACAAUUUGACAAUUUUUGCCAAAGAUCAAGUGGAUCUGUUGUGGCUUCAUUCAUUGCUGCAGUUUUGUUCAUAUUACUUGUUAUUCUUUCUACUGUGGCUCUCAAAAGUCAUUGAGGAUUCUCAAAUUUGGAAUGUGUAAUGUGUGUAAUGUAAUUGUUGUCUUUAUAGAGUUUUUGAUGAGUGUAAUUGGUAUUGAAUGUGAGUCAUUUGUGUUGGGAAGUUGUAUAUUAAUGGGGGGAUUUGAGGGUUUAAUUGUAUGAAUGAAUCAUGGAUGGUGGGCUUGAAUCAUUUCUGCACUUGUUAUUAUAUGUUUUAGUAGAUGAAUGAAUAUCCCAGUGACUGUUUUACUAAA